GCGGCUCGGCCUCGCACGACGCACGACGUACGGCGUACGGCCGUACGGCGUAGACGUUCAACGUUGGCCGGUUGGCGGACUGCUGUCAGUCGGAAACGUUUCGUCAUACGAAUGGUCGACGAUGAUGACGGGGUCAACGUGCCGGUCUUUGUCUGCGUGACGUGAAAAUCCGAGAUCCGAGAUCUGAGACGUCUGCCGGUCACGCGCGUGCGCGCACGAAAGAAAGAGGAGAGUGAGAAGUGAGAGAGAAGAGAGAGGAAGAGCAAGAGCCGCCAGCCGCGUGCCGUGUGCCGUGCCGCCCAGUGCGCAGUGCCGCCGGUGAUGCUCCGUCGCGGCUGACAGUUUUGUGUUCUGUGACGCGGGUCGCGGAUUUCUCGAGUUUCCUUCGUUCCUUGGCGUGGCCGGUGCAGGCUGCAGGCUACCGGCGACUGUGGGGCGAGUCGCUGUCGACCGCGAGGCGCGAGCGCCCAUCAUGGCGGCCACGGAACUGACGGAACACGAGUCGAGCGUGAGCAAUGGAAAUACUCCGAAUCUCACAGACUUCCCCGAGCGGGUGCGAUAUGGCUGGUUCAGAUCCAACGAUCCGGACACGACUCUCACGUGCGAGCCGCUGCCUAACGUGAAUAUUUAUCUGUACGGUAGUGCUAAUUGUAGGGUCGUUGGUAAGAGAGGCAACUACGAGUGGAGUUUUACAAUCUUUACGACAGGCGGUCAAGAGUUACAGAACGUGGCCUUGAUAUCUGACGAUCAUCGAGCCAACUUCUUCCUCAAGUCAGUGCAAGACAAGGACGGCACAGAAAUCGGCGUGACGAACGGCCAGGAGUGGCACAGUCCCUGUCCGGGCAACUCUCAAGAAAACAAGAGACAGUACCUGGUGACGGUCGGUUUCACUGCGAAAAAACACAGCACGUAUCGGCAGGACCUAGUUUUUGGCUUCCUAAGUCACCCGGUGUACCUUCAGAGGAUCUGCGCAGACUAUUUGCACAUCAAAGACUACGAGCGGAUACAGAAGGCGACGUUUUAUCAACAAUCGCAGAUACCGCCGAGAUGGAAGGGUCCGUACGAGUUCUAUUCGCCCUUUAUGCCGCACGCCAAUCCACGGGAGACCAAGUUGUCGCGGAUCUAUCCGUACCCGGACAGACAGAACUUUAUUCUCACUCAGAACACAUUGUCGGACAAUCGGCUGACCCCACGGAACUACCGGGGUCGCAUGCACGAGAUGAUCACUCUCGAGGAGAUCGCCCGGCAUGAGCAGCUCUCGAGAUACAACCAGCUUUCGUGGUUACGUCUCAUGGCGCAUUACGUGCUGUUCAACAGCGACGCUUCCACCAUCGCCAAAUACACGCCGCCGGGUGAGCUCUUCGCCCAGAUCCCACUCAGUCGGGAGAUCUUGGAUGAUACGCAGAGCGGCAGACUCCUGCAGCGUAGCUGUAAUAGCGUUCUACUCAAGUUGUGGCGCAAGAAAACCAAGUGUGACGUCUUCGAAGCUCACAUCGAAGAUAAGAGUUCGCAUUCCGUAUAUGUCAGACUGAGCAAAGAAUGCGUGACCUUUUGGGAUUUGGAAGCGCACAGCGAGGUCGAGGUCGAAAUACAGUUCGUAUUGAGUCGUCUCAACUUCUGCGAGUGGCACUUGGCGGUAGAUAGUCUGGAGGAUAUGGACCUGGUGUUCCUGAUGGACGAACACCACAAGACCGACAACGAAAUUAUCCGUGACUUUCUGCAGGUUGACGCUGGUAAUCUUAGUAUCCUCUCUAGUCUACUUUUGGACUCGCCGCUCAAUCAGGAACAGAAGCAAGCAGUCACUGCGAUAACGUUAUCGAUUAAGACUUCCUCACCACCAGUCCUUUUGCUGGGACCAUUCGGCACGGGAAAGACAUUCACCAUAGCGCACAUGCUGCGUAUGCUCGUACAAAAUAAAAACAACCGAAUACUUCUGUGUACGCAUAGCAACAGCGCCGCCGAUCUUUACAUCAAGGAAUUCUUCCAUAUCUGGUAUAAUCAGGAUAAACACCCCAGACUUAAACCUGUUAGGAUAUAUUACAAAUUGCGUGCUUUGAACACGGUACAUCCGACGGUGCAGCAAUACUGCCUAAUGGACGAACAUGGUCGUUUCCGCGACCCGAUUGCAGCAGAUUUUCAAGACUGUGGUCUAAUAGUCACAACCCUGGCAACAUCCAGCUGUCUGAUGAGUCUUAAACUAUCGCCGACUCACAUAGUCAUCGACGAAGCGGCCCAGGCUAUGGAGUGCGAGGCGUUGAUAGCUCUGACCCUGGCGAACCGAGAGACCCGCCUGCUCCUGGCGGGUGAUCAGAUGCAACUCGCGCCGGAAAUCUACAGCGUACUAGCAAACGAGCGAGGAUUAGGCGUUAGCCUUUUGGAGAGAAUGUACGCGUACUAUCCGCCAGAACACCCGUGUCGGAUACAUCUAUGUCAGAACUAUCGCGCACACGCGGAUAUAAUCAAGUACACGUCCGAGACGUUCUAUGACGGGAUGGUUAAACCUGCCAACAUGCAACUGCUCAAGCAUCCCGUCAUGAAACCGUUGAUAUUUUAUGCUGUCAACGGUGCGGAAGAACAGGCUACAUGUUCCACGGGAUAUCACCAUGCCACAGAGGCGGAAGAGGUAGCGAAUCGUGUCCUGGAAUUGAGGAGAGCGUGGCCGACGCAACAAUGGGGCCCAUACAACGAAGGCUCUAUUGGAGUUUUGUCAUAUUAUCCUGAACAAGUACAACGAUUGCGAAUCGAGUUGCGCAAGCGCCUGCUUUUUGAUGUGUCUGUCGAGAGGGUGUUAAAUGUCCAAGGCAAGCAAUUCACUGCAGUUUUUAUCAGCACAGUUCGAACAAGGAUAUCUGACAGAUCGAGCGCCGAGGUAAAAAUCAAGGACUAUGGCUUUUUAACGGAUCCACGCUUAUUAAACACUGCGUUAACAAGGGCUAAGUGUUUUGUGGCGGUCGUAGGCGAUCCAGUCGCUCUGCUUACUAUAGGUUGCUGCAAAGAUCUUUGGAAGAAAUAUCUAGACGCGGCUGAUCUGUACGGGAUGGACCGAAAAGAAUUGCAGACGCACCUGAAUCAGGUUUCGAAAAUCCAAAUAUCGCCUUUAAACCCGCACGCGAAGGAAUUUUUCCCUAGAACACCGCCUUUGUGUUUUGUUCAAUAUAUUCAAGUGCCGAUUUGGUAUCCGUUAAUGUACCCACCACAACAGCCAAUGUGAUGAAGCAUAACGCGAAGUCCAAGAAUUUUUUCGAGAUACGGCCGUUUCAAAAAUCUCGAAAACAUUGUUUCGCUGUUCUACUGUCAGCACAUCUUUCGAUCGUAUCGAUCGCCGCAAAACGAGCAACUAUAUUGAACUUUGGUUACAUGGAACGUAUGCAUUGAUUCUACAAUUUUUCAUUUGUAUGAUGGUAUGAGUGUAAAAUGUGUAAAGUGUACAUGUAAAUUAUGUGUUUAUUUAUGUGUAUUAAGAUGUAUAUUAAGAACAUUCAUUGACCUGAAAGUAUAAAUCUCUUACUUUUUGAUGUACCAAUGAAUUAUUUACUAACGAAUUGUUCAGAAAAUAUACGUGAAUUAUAUCUCGAAUGUAUUUGAUAUUAAUGAAUAAGGGGCCUAUUCUGUAAACGUUAACGAUGCGCAGCAUUUCUGUGGUAUAUUAUAUCUGCGCAAACCACGUAACGAUGGCGUUAACCGUUUACAGAAUAGGCCCUUAAGUCUCUCUUAAAAUGUUCUUCAUUUUAUCUAGAUGUUUAAACAACAUAAUUUCAUAUAUGCAUGUAAUAUGUACAGAGCGAGAAUUCCAUGAUCAACUUAUUGUAUUUAGAUUUUCUUCAGAUUUAACAUCAUCGAUUAUACAAAAUGUAUCAAAAUGUAUUCUAAAUAGAAGAUAUGAGAUUAUAUACAUAUAUAUAAUCUU